CGCAGCGAAGGUGGCUGCCGAGGUGGGCGGGGAGGUCAGCUGACCCGGCCGGCGUCCCAAGAUGGCGGCGGCGGCGGCGUCCCGGAGGCCUUGGCGGCUUCCCGGCUGCUGAGGGGCCUCCGCGUGGCCGGCGGCCGACGGGCCCGACCCGGAGCCGGCGGACGAGCGGCUGCCGCCCUGUGACGGCCCGCGCGGCCGAGGCUGGGCCGUGCGGCGGCGCCGGGGGAUGCUCCUGCUGGGCCGGGCCUCUCCCUCCUCAAGUUAGGGCGGCGGCGGGCCCGCGCCCCUCACUCCCGGGCCAUGGCCUUGAGGGAGCUCAAAGUUUGUCUGCUCGGGGACACAGGUGUAGGUAAAUCGAGCAUCGUGUGGCGGUUUGUGGAAGACAGUUUUGAUCCGAACAUCAACCCAACCAUAGGGGCAUCUUUUAUGACCAAGACUGUCCAGUACCAAAAUGAGCUACAUAAAUUCCUAAUCUGGGAUACAGCUGGACAAGAACGAUUCCGAGCUUUGGCACCAAUGUACUAUCGAGGGUCGGCUGCGGCUGUCAUCGUUUAUGACAUCACAAAAGAAGAGACGUUUUCAACCUUAAAGAACUGGGUGAAAGAGCUCCGGCAGCAUGGCCCACCUAAUAUUGUCGUUGCCAUUGCAGGAAAUAAGUGUGAUCUUAUCGAUGUCAGAGAAGUCAUGGAGAGAGAUGCGAAGGACUACGCUGACUCCAUUCAUGCAAUUUUUGUAGAGACCAGCGCAAAAAAUGCGAUAAACAUAAAUGAACUCUUUAUAGAAAUUAGUCGAAGAAUUCCAUCCACUGACGCCAAUCCGCCAUCUGGCGGCAAGGGCUUCAAACUCCGAAGACAAGCGUCGGAGCCAAAGCGAAGCUGUUGCUGACCAGCCAGCCACACAGUAGGUGGUGGUGAGUGUUCGCAGGAGGGUGGGCCCUGGCUCUCCACGUCUGCCUCGCACUCCCGAGUCUUCUUCACACAAAAGGACUCAGAAAUUGACAGUUCCCUUCUCCCUUUGAAGACGAACAUGGUGGGGUUUCCACUUGUCGACUUGUAGUAUGAUAAGAUCCUCUGGUGUGCAGAAGGACCCCUGCAUCCUUGGCUCUUGAUCUUGGUGAAGGGACAUCUGAUUGUACGGAUGACAGGACUCAAUUGCUGGGUGGUUUUGUAAUCAAGAUUUUAUGUAACAUUUGUAAAGGGAAAAUUAGCACUUUUGUGGUUCUUGUUGGGGAACAAGCCUUUGUGAAGAUUGUAAUUUUCUUUAUUUCCAUUGCCACUGUUAGAAGAAGUGGUGUCAUUUAAAGUGAGGUAGGGCAGUGCAAGCAGGUGAAUGGCUAUUGCUAUCUGAAGCUGAAGUGGAUUAUUCACAGGAUGAACGGGAACAGCUUCUUGUCCACAUCUUGGAAAGCACUGUGCUUGGAAAGCACUGUGGGUCAGCAGCCAGAGCAGCACUGGGGGUUCACCCUGGGUCCCACCCUGGGUUUGUUCUGACACUGUCAUGUGUGUGUCACCAAACACAUUGUUGGCACCUUCUAAAAGAAACUCGUGAUCGAGGUGCUCUAAGCUGCCUAACUGGUUUAAAACGGAGGAUGAGAAAAGAACAUCGUGGAAAUGCUGACCGUUUUCUGUUUAACCCAAGGAAGUAUUUUGGAGGGAAAAUAAGGACCUGUUGCUUAGCAUAUGUAAAGUUGUAGUCUAUAUUUAUGAGACCAUCGCUUAAAGAUGAUAAAUUAUGUAAAUACAUUAAUAAAUUCUAAGUUUCAUGCAACACUCCAUUUAAUCUCGCACCCAGUCUUGCGUAUGUGCCCGCCCAUCUUUCAGCCCGUCCACAGGAGACUCUGAAACACAUUUAUGUAGUUCGGAGGCAUGGAGCGCUUAGCUUAUAAUCUUUCCAGCCUUCCCUGCCUCUACCCCCAUCUCCUUCGCUGCACAUCCCAUCUGGAAAUGAUAAUAAAGACAUAUGCCACGUUGACAAGCCUGACUCGCCCUUCCUAGCCAGAGGGGAAAGAAUCAAGUCCAGGCGCUGGUCCUGGUCCUGGGCUCAGCCCUGGUCAGGAGCCGCUGGGCUUUUCCAGAGACCUCGGCCCAGCUGUUUGAAGAGAGCUCGCCUUGUUAACAAUUUAGCUUGUCUUUCCGUUUCCUUUCUUUUCCCUUGCCUCUGCUAGUGGUUAACUCUCUUUUCCCUCAGGGAGCCUAAUGAGGUUUUUAAUAUAAUCUAAAAAUAAAGCACUGAAGAGAGGUUGGUGAAAAUUUGUUCCUGGUCUAAUUUGGCACCCUUCCAACCUGCCUAUUGUAAGGGAAGGAAAUUUACAAGAUUAAAUAGGAAAUGAAACAGCUUGAAUUUCAAACUAAAUUGUGUUUUCAGAGCUAUCCUUAACUGAACAGUCCAAACUUUUAGAAAUAAAUGUUAUUUUUUUGUAGCCCCUACUUGAAAUGGAUAGAUUUGUAAUGAAGAAAUUAUAUCUGAAGCACUUGAAAUUAUUUUAUUCAUAUUGAAGCCAUUAUAAACAGAAUACAGUUAGUAAAAAUUAUAACACUGUUUUGUAUAAAAGUCAUGCAGACUUCAGUCUUCCUAGCAUCUUGCUUCUAACCCCGCUUUCAAAUAGUAAACGUCUGGAAAAUAUUCCUAUGCUGAACUCCUUAUACCCACCUGAAGGGGGCUUGAUGUGAUUUUAUAUACAUUAACACCCAGGGCCCUGGUAUAUGCAGCACUCCUAUUGCUGGUCCUCUUGUCUCCACAGCAACAAAUUUAAGAACAGGGGUUAAUUGACUCAUUGUGGAAGAAGCAACGUUGGGUGCAGCGGGGAAGAGAGCCUGUCCUAUUUCACCAGAAAAUGACACAACUCCAUAACCUUUGUCUGUAGAUGCGGGCGAUUAAGUCGCCUCUUGGUGCCCAGGUAAGCAGGGUCUUGGGAACCUCAUCCCAGGGCCUCGGGCCCCACUGUGAUGUUGCCCUGCAUUGAUUGGGCCCUGGUGGCCAGCUCACCAGUCCUGACAGCUCGUGUCAGGUUGGUUUCUCACACUUCUGCCCGUAGGACAGGCGAUGGGGAACUGUGCUUCUGCAUUUCUUGAGUCUUCUCUUCUUCCACAUUUUCUUUGGCCUACCAACAACAGAUACCUAUUUCAGACCCAUAAUCUGAACUCCAUGAAAUACAAAGGCACACAUUAAAGUGAGGAGCCAUGCUUUGUUUUGAACACAUUUUGCAUGAACCUAAGUAAUGAUCUCUAACACCCAUUUUGUAUUUUCUUUCUUUAUGCUUAAUGAGUAAAGGCUAGACUCCAAAGGAAUUGAGACAAGGCCCAUCCAUAAAAAUCUUUGGUUCCUUUAUGACGCAGAACCAUUUUUU